GCACUAGCAUUUGAUGCUAGAUUCGAUGAGCAGAGCUGGAGUAAUUCUUGGAGUCUUUCCAUUGUGUAUAAAGAUAACGUAACAAUGGGUCACACUGUGCUGCUGCUGCUGCUGCUGCUGUUGAGUCUGGGUGUCUGUGCCGUACAUUGUGCCGGUGGCCACACUCUCCGAUAUCUCAUAACACGAAUAUUCUCCCCUACCCCGGGCCUGCCAGUAUAUACUAUAUAUGUGUAUAUAGAUGACUUCAAGUGUGGAAAGUACAACAGUGACACACGCCGGGCUCAGGUUUUGAUUCCACUUAAUGAGUCUUUUAUUGCCGUGCCAGAGGAUGCCCUGACUGAGCACCUGGAGAUGCAGACUAAAUUUGCUCAGGAAUUGGAGAUUACUGAAAGAGACAAAAUGGAAUUUAUAAUGGGGUUUUUAAACAAGACAUAUGAUAAUGGAGGGUUCCCUGUCUACCAGAGGAGGUUUGUCUGUGAGCUGAAAGAGGAUGGUACGGCUGGUGGAAAUGAGAAGAUUGGGUUUAAUGGCAAAGAGAUUAUAGCAUUGGAUAAAGAGAAGGUGGUGUAUGUGUCUGUAACUCAAGAGGCUCUGGUUAUGAUGGACCAAUGGAAUAAGCGCUAUGAUGAUGCUACUGAUAAUAAGAUCUACAUGGAUAAUGAAUGUAUCCAACAACUUAAGUUAUAUCUCCAUUAUAUAUCAGCCUACAUGGAGAAGAAAGUUCACCCUAAAGUGAAGAUUUCCAGCUCAGAGUCAGAGAGUGGUACCAAACUGCACUGCUGGGUGUAUGGGUUCUACCCCCGAGAUGUGGAAGUGAAGUGGAUAAAGAAUGGGAGAGAUGAGAUUUACUCCGAGGAAUCAGCAGAGAUCCUGCCAAACCCUGAUGGCACCUAUCAGAUCAGAGUCAGUGUGGAGGUAACACCAGAGGAGGGCGCCACUUACUCCUGCCAUGUGGAUCACAGCAGUUUGGAGAAUCCCCUGGUUGUACCAUUUGAAUCCAGUAAUAGAAGCAUGUUGUACCUCCUGAUCGGUGGGACUGCUCUUCUUGUCCUUGCCCUUUUUGCCCUGGGAAUAUUCAUAUAUAAACAGAGAAAGAGUAAAGGAUUGGGAAGCGGCCAAAAUGGGAGUAACCUGAAUCUUGAACAACUGUAGAAAUAAAAAUACUACACACGUUCUACAGAAAAUCUUUCCUACUAGCUUGUGGCCAGUGCAUAUAAGGAAUGGUGACCAGGGAAAGCUGCCCUGCAUUGGUGAAAAUGUAUUGAGGCAAUAAAUAUAAAAUUAUGCCCAGAACACACAAUAUUAAUGUUGAGCUAAUUGCAGUUUUAUACCGCUAGGCAGGCUUUAGCUCCACCGCUCUCUCUGAAGGCCCAGAGUAUCAGUGAUCCUGUCUGUACACUGUCUAUGCAGUGAUCUUGACUCAUUAUUAUCACUUUUAUUAUUAUUAUCAUCAUCAUCAAGUGACAAUAUAUUCCACAGCAGUGUACAAAGAAUAGGUGCAUACACUGAACAUACAAAUUACAAAAAUACAAGAAGUAAAGUGGCACCUGCCCAAAUGUUCUUGAAGUCUAUUGUCCAAAGGGGAAUGGUAUAAUGUCAAUGGGGGCAGCUAAAAGGUAAUGUUGCUCUGGAUUUGCCUGAGAUUAUUCUGGAUCUCUGUGUGGUCCAGU